AUGGACGCCGCCAUCAUGUCUGAAAUCACCGGCACCGACUGCCACAUCGAGCCCUUCGCCUCCUCCGCCGCUCACACCACCCCCCUUCGCAAAGCCUCCAUCUCCUCCUCCCUCCCCUCCCCCAGCAUGGAAGCCCCCCCCACCACCUUCCUCUGCCUGGUGCCCGUCCACUCCGACUCUUUCCCCUCCUCGCACCUUCGCUCUUCAUCCCUCCCCUCCCCUCCCGCACUCCCAUCCGUCCCCGAGCAACCGAUCAUGCUCGUUGACCAGCAGCGCCGCACGAGCGACUCGUCCACCACGAGCACGGGAUCCGCGCUGCGGUUUUUGAAGUUGGGGCCGGUGCAUUUCGGGGGGGAGCCAGGCGUGGGGGACUAUGCUGAUAUGGAUUGA